ACAACAACAGCUGCAGCAGCAACAACAACAACGAUGGGCGCUGUUGCUGUUACGCCCACUUGUGUCGCACACAUCGAGGACGAGGGCGGAGGAGAAGAAAGUGACGGCGCUGUAGCGGAUGACGAUGACGGUGACUGCGCUGCUGCCGCUGCUGCUGCUGCUGCAGCUGCAGUAACUAGUGAUAAGCUGAAUGGCAUUGGCUUCGGCAUGGGCAUUGGCAUUGGUGUCGGGAUCGGCGCUGCCUACGCGCUGAGUGCGCUGCCUGCGCUCAAUUGCGAGUUGGCUGCCUCCGCACUCUCGCCCACCGAUGCAGCCGUUGGGGGACUCAGCUCGAGUCGCACCUCGAUGAACAACUCGACGGAGAACCUGAGCUAUGCCAGCGACAAUUACUAUGCCGAAGAUCUCAUACUGCUCGACGAUGAUGAGGACGAUGACGAGGACGAUGAUGUGGAGGCCGAGGAGAUAUCUCUCAAUUCGGAUGAUUGCGUCUAUGCGUAUCGUGGCGAUGCCGCUGAUUUUGAUAUGGCAGCGCUGGAUGCCAGCACCGGGCGUGGCGGACGUAAUUUGGAUUUUGGUCUGGUGCGCGAUGACGAGACGGAUUUUCUCGAAAUGGACUUUGAGCCGGAUCCAUCGUCGGAGCUGGAGUUUGCGGCCAGCGCACAGGAGGCGGCCGCAGCUGCCGCUGGUCAUGCAAAUCUCCUGCUCAUGCCACGCGACUACAGUCAGUUGCAGAGUGGCAGGCACUUGUCCACGCCCACACAGUCACGCCAGCUUUACAGCUCACCCAUUGAGGAGCUGGCGAUGCCGGCGCCACAGGAGGCAUUGCAGCGUUUGAGCAAGAAAUUUGCACGCAUUAGUCUGAAUCUCGAUCAGAUCAAGAAUGAUGGUGAUGCUUGCUCCGAUAUGGAUGCGGAUGAGCUGCUCUGCGGCAGUGGCGGUGGCGGUGGCGGCAUCGGCGGCGGCAUAGGCAGCGGCAAGGAUGAUGAGGAUCUUUUAGGUGCAACCACUUCUGGUGCAGAUGUAAAUACGACCCUAGCACACUCGCUGCCUAGCACAUUGGUGUACAGCAGCUUCAGUCGCAGCACCAGUGUGCCCAGUGGAAAUUCGCAUGCCACGGAGGAGCCCUGCAAUUCCAAGCUAACGGGCGCCAAGCCCAAACGUCUCAGCACACUCUCAAACUCAUCAUCACUGGUGUCCGCCAGCAAGAGCUGUGCCUCCUCCUCGUCAAAGUCGCGACGUUCGCAGCCCAGCUUCGAUGAACGAUGCUACAGCUGCACCGAUUUUCGUGCCGUCUCCUUGCAGCAGCAACAGCAGCACCAACAGGAUGUGGCGCCCAUGCUGGUCGCCGCGGCAGCUGUAGUGGCGGCCAGUGCCGCCAUGGCCAGCAAUUCCACACAAUUCGAUUUGGGCAGCGGCGAGGAGACGUGUUUGGACUGCCUGGAGAAGGAGUUUCUGGCCAACACCAUUGGGAAGGCACUCGAUCUGAGCAGCUGUGCCAAGUGCCGGCGACGCGGCGGCGGUCGUGGCAGCAGUCUCUCGCUCUAUGCCCGAGCCGAGCAGACGCGCUGUCGGAGCGGCUCACCGGGCUAUCUGGAUGAAUAUGGCGGACUAUUCAGCUGGCACAAUCCGGCUGGUGGCGCCGGCGACAUUGGUCAUUACAACCAAAGGUUUAUUUCGUGUGAUAAUAAUUUUGGCGGCAUGCAGCUGCUCAAGCAAAGCUUUUCGACUGAACCGCUGGUGGAGCGCCUGUCCACGGCGCAUCUGAGUGAGGAGCAUCUGGUGCAGGCGCUGGACAAACUUCACAUUUCCUACAAUGCAUCCCUGUUGCAUGCCUAUUUUGAGCAGCUUGCGGCGCCGUCGCCACGUGUCACCGACGCAGCCAAUCUGAAGCAGCUGCUGCUGCAUGCCUCCAAGCAGCAGUGCAAUCAUCGCAAGCUCAAGAAUCUGAUCGAGCUGAUCACCCGGCAGCAGCCCCAGCAACAUCAGCUCAACGUACAAUUCAAACGCACCAACGCUAGCCAAACAGCGCUGGUGCCCGUGAAGGUAACGGAUAUUCUGGCGGCCUGGAAGCGCCAUCGCGAUCUCAAUGUGCUGCGGCAGUUGGAUGCGCGUUUCCAUCUCGCCAAUGUGCUGGGCAAAAUUGGCCACAUUGUGCGACAGGCACAACAGACGCCGGUGGCAUCAGGCUCAGCGGCAACAACAUCCGCAUCGGCUGCGGCAUUAACUUCAAUCUCGUCAACGCAGCUCGAGCUGCCUGAAUUUCUAAUGAUACCGCAGUAUUAUGCUUGUGGUGAAUUAACAUUGACACGCAAAUGUUAGAAGCUGCCACACACUCACACACACCCAUACAAACACACACAAACACGCCACAUAAUACGCUUAUGCGUGGUUGCUCCUUGUUAAUUUUUCAAUUUUCGAGAUUCUUGAAUGCAACGCUGCAAGUUAUAUAGGUCUAUUCCGGUUAACUUCUUAUCGGACUUAUCGGGCUUAUAAGUAACUUUCACAUAAAUAAAUAUUAUAAUAUUUAAACUGGUGACAUGAGCUCGGUUCAUAUCAGAUCUCUAAUAUAUAUUUGUUCAGUUCUGUUAAAGUUCUCAAAUGAAAUCAGCAAAAUAACUACUAUUUAAUAUCUUUCUAUUUUUCUGUCGAGACUUUGUUUUGUUAUAUAUUUUA